AUGAAUGUGUCUUUGAUGAGUGAUGCUGUAACCUUGACUGUUUAUACAAGCAUUGGUUCAAUUGGCUAUGUUUUCCUCACAGUUGUUUUCUUGAUAUACCUUGCCACUUUAUUAGCAAGUGCUACUGUUAUGCUGUUGAUAUUUUUAGACACCUCUCUCCACAAGCCAAUGUACAUGUUUUUAUUCUGUUUAAUUUCCAAUGGGUUGAUUGGAAGCACAGCUGUUUGGCCAAAAACUAUGAAUGUUCUGUUAACAAAUAACCCUCUUAUUUCUUUGGAUGGAUGUCUUGCCCAGGUUUUUCUUGUAUUGACCUAUGGAGUUUGCAACUAUUCUAUUCUGGCAGUGAUGGCUUAUGACAGAUUUGUGUGCAUAUUUAGACCUUUACAAUACCACACAAUCAUGACCCCUCUGAAAGUAAAGCAGCUGAUGUUUGUUGCAAACUGUAUCCCAGCAGCUUUUGUUUUUGGUCAGACAUUCAUAGCAUCACAGCUACCUCUAUGCAGGUUUAAAAUGCACAAGAUAUUUUGUGACAAUUUGGCGGUUGUCAGCUUGUCCUGCAAUGGCAGUGCCUGGGGCAAUGUGUAUGGCAUGAUCAUUACAGUCUUAUUAGUGGUCCUACCUGUGUUUCUCAUUUUAUUCUCAUAUGUCAAGAUAAUAGUAUUGACCUUAAAAGCUUCAACAAGUGCAAGAAAGAAAGUGUUUGAAACUUGCUCGCCACACAUUAUUACUUUUGUGAAUUUCUCUCUGGUGACUUUGUUUUCUGCCUAUUACAACCGCUUCAACUCUUUCUUACCCAAAGAGGCAAACAUAGUAGUAUCAGUGAAUUACAUCCUUUUCCCUCCCCUGUUACAUCCAAUAAUAUAUGGAAUGAAAACACAGGAAAUUAGACAAAGUUUCUCAAAAGUCAUAAAAAGAAUACUAUUGCAAUGA